CACAGGACAUCGAAUCAGUGCGCACGACCGGCGAACAGACAUCGGCCUCUGCUUCGAUGUCAUAUCUUUUGCACGGCAGCACUUCGCACACAGGAAUGGGUUGGGUCGAUCAGGUUCCGCGGGCUGGGAAGCUCUACAUCGGCGGGCUUUAUGCGCUGUACCAGACCGACUUGAUACGUGCAGCUGGCAUAACACACGUACUGUCUGUUAUCGACUACGAUCCACUGCUCCAGGACAAGUUCUCACACCUGAACCACUUACAUAUCCGGGCCGACGACCAUCCCAACGAGAACUUACUUCAGCACUUCCCGGAAGCAGUAAAAUACAUCGACCAGGCGCUGAAAGAGGCCGAAGCGAUUGAUGAGAGGGAGGAGAUCUCGAAGAAAAGCAAAGGUGAAGAUGCAGGAGGCGUCUUUGUGCAUUGCGCGAUGGGUAAAUCGCGCUCAGCUACUCUUGUAGUAGCCUAUCUGAUCUGGAAGUACCACCUCGAUGCGGUGACAGCGCUAGACCAACUCUGCGAGGGUAGGCCCGUCUGCGAUCCAAAUCCUGGGUUCAAGGAGCAGCUCUUGGUAUGGGAGAAAAUGUGUAAGGGCAAGUCAGAAGAAGCAAGUAAAGCGAUCUACGAAGAAUGGGAAAGAACAAGGUUCAAGGGCGAAUACUGGGAAUGGGAUAAGCGCGCAGAGGAGCUGAAGUCGAAGCUGUAAGCGUCGGCUCGGUUCCUACUGAUCACCAUCACUGUUGUUGCAUUACGACCAACUGCGAUCUCAACAACAGCGUACAGUCGUCAAACCUUCCAAAAUCGGUACCGAUGUGGUGCAUAUGAGGCGUCGCUCUUCGCGGAGCGGGAGUUUCCAUGUGGUCGAGAAGGGCGUAAGUGUUUCAGCUCUUGAUCAAAACCAAAAGUAGACGUCGG